AUGGCGUCUGAAGCCAGCACAGCACCUGGGGGUACGAGAACCAAGCAGGAAAGGAUCCGCGACAACCAACGACGCAGCCGUGCUCGACGCCAGGAGUAUCUGGCCGGCCUGGAAAGACGAGUGAAGGAAUGCCAGAUGUCUUGUCGCGCCGCUGACUUGCAGCGCGCAGCCUAUGCUGACCUGCAAGUCGAAAAUGCCCGUUUGCGAGAUCUAUUGCAUUAUGUUGGCAUCAGUCCAGAUAUCGUCGAGACUUUCGGCCGCCAUGAUAUGCAAUCACUACCUGGCAAUGCGCCGGCGCUGGCGCAUCGCCAACUCAAACCUAGAUACCACCAACCAGACACACUGCAAGCUGGCGAGGUGCAUGUUGCGGAGAGCAUAACUAGCAGAGAGUCAGAUUCGGAAUCAUCUUGUCUCAUGUUCCCUUCGUCAGCAUCGUUUUGUACCCCAACGCCAGCCUUAGCCCCAGAUCCUCUACAGGAUUACAAGGCACAGCAGUGCCCGCCCUUUGCGGCAGCUUCCAAUGCGCAAACGACGAGUCAACCUGAGAUCGCCUCAAUGGCCCCCCAAGUCAGUCCGUACGAAUGGAUGUUCCGCUCUGACGGCCUGAAUAACCCUCCCUUCUCUCCCGAGGCUUUUCGUUGUGAUGGCUUCGCAGUCCCGCCAAACGGAUCGAUUCCCCCAGAAAAUACAAACACCACGCAAUGUCUGAUUGCCAAAGGAAUGAUCGAGCAGUACGACCCCACGCCCGCAGAAAUGGAAGAAAUCAACACGCGGCUUGCCACGGAUGCCGGCCUUCCCAAAUUCCCGGAAUCGGGCUGUCGGGUGAACACCCAGGCUGUGCUUCAAAUUUUGCAAGAGCUGGAUGCUAGGCCGAAACAUGACUAA